AUGGGCACCGACAGCACCGAGCUCUCAGAGUUCGAAAAGCAGCGGCUCGCCAACAUCGCCGAGCGCGAUGCGCUGCUCAAGAAGCUCACCCUGGACGCCCAGUCAUCCGGCAUCUUCCCGCCCAAGCUGGCGCGCAGCUCACCCGUGAGCCAAACGAAGCCGAAGAAGAAACCCGCACCCAAGAAGAUCAAGAAGGAAGGUGAGGCGCCCGUGGCGCGCCGCAUGUCGUCGCGGCUGAGAGGCAUCGCGGCGGAGAGCGAGGUCGCGAAGCGCAAGGCGGAGGAGCACUACGAGGCGGUGCAGCAGGCGGAGCGGGCUAAGCGGGUGCGCAAGUCGGAUGCGUUCUCGUUCAGCGAGAUGCUUGUGUCGGGGCAGAAGCUGAGUGCGGAUGGGCUGAUUGGGGUGGAUGUGGUCACGAAGGGGGUGGCGAUGCCGUACCAGCGGACCUUUGGCGAUGAGGACAUUGAGAAGACGGCGGAUAAGGAGUUGAAGAGACUGAGGGAGGAGGUGAGUGGGUUGCAGUUGUGGGAGGCGUGGGAGCCGAACCGUAUCAAGGUGACUCCCGAGAGAAUCUACACCAUGACAUUCCAUCCCUCGGAGGCGAAGCCGCUGAUCUUCGCCGGCGACAAGAUGGGCAACCUCGGCGUUCUAGACGCCUCGCAAGAGAGGCCCGUCUCCAGCAUCAAGCACGAAGACGGCGACGAGGAGGAGCAGGAGGACGAUGACGACCCAGACCCGGUCCUGACGACCCUCAAACCACACACCCGAACCAUCAGCUCCAUGCACAUCCACCCUUCCAAGCCCACACAUCUGUACACCGCCAGCUACGACAGCUCCAUCCGCGAACUGGACCUGGAGAAGACCACCUCCGUGGAGACAUACGCGCCGGACUCGCCAUCCGACGAUGUCCCCAUCUCCGGCAUCGACAUGGCCGCCGACGACCCGAACACGCUCUACUGGACGACGCUCGACGGCGCCUUCGGCCGCUACGACACGCGCGCCUCGCGCCGCACCGCCGUCGCCACCUGGCAGCUCUCCGAGAAGAAAAUCGGCGGCUUCUCCCUCUACCCGACGCACCCGCACUUCUUCGCAACCGCCAGCCUCGACCGCACCAUGCGCCUCUGGGACCUCCGCAAGCUCUCCCACGACGACCCGCUUCCCGUCGGCGAGCACCUCUCCCGCCUCUCCGUCUCCCACGCUGCCUUCAACAGCGCCGGCCAGGUCGCGACCUCCUCCUACGACGACUCCCUGAAGAUCUACGACUUCGGCGCAAAGGGCAUCGCCUCCUGGGAACAGGGACACACACUCUCAGACGCCGAAAUGAAACCGGACACCGUCGUCCGCCAUAACUGCCAAACAGGACGAUGGGUAACGAUCCUCCGCCCCCAAUGGCAAGCAAACCCGCAAUCCCACAUCCAGCGCUUCUGCAUCGGCAACAUGAACCGAUUCGUCGACGUCUACAGCAGCUCCGGCGACCAGCUCGCCCAGCUCGGAGGCGACGGCAUCACCGCCGUCCCUGCCGUGGCCGUAUUCCACCGCAGCAAAAACUGGAUCGCGGGCGGGACCGCCAGCGGCAAGAUCUGUUUGUGGAUGUGA